GUUUUUCAAAAUAAUAAAAUAAAAAACACUGACCGGAACAGAUACCUGCGAAUAUCUUCACCGGAAUUUCCAUUUUCUCUUUUAGAGAGAGAAACUGAAAAACUCUGCAAUUCAAUCACCCAAAAAAUCAAAAUUAGGGUUUACUUUACCUCCAUUUAAGCUCAAAAAAGCUCCCUUUUUUUUCCUUCAAAGAUUCAAACUUUGCUUUUAUCCCACAAUAGCUCACUAAAAAUUCAACCCCUUCUUUUUUUUGUUGCUUCAAGUGUAAGUUUCUCUGUUCUUUUUGCUACCCUUUUUCCUCCCCACAAAUUUUCUUCCAUUUUCGAAUACGAAGAAGCUUCAAGUUCAAGCUCAAUCCCGUCACACACAAAAAAAGAAGAAGUUAAAGCUCAAUCAAGAAUUUUCAAGAAUAAAAACAAAAACAAAGGGUUCUUUGUUUUUUUAGGUAAUCUCCCAAAAUAAAAUCAACAUUUGACUAUUCAGAGGAGAGAGAAAUUUUGGGUUUUUAUGGGGUUGAUAAACCCCAGAUGCUUCUUUUAAUGCAACAUAAAAGGGUAUUCUUUUCCAAAAUUUUAAUUUGAUUUUUGUUGGGUUUUGUGGAAAGAUUAAAAUGAGGCAUUCAGGGAUUAUUUGAGAAAAAAAGAGUAUGAGUUUUGGUAGAGAAGAGAAUGAUGGUGGGUCAAACAACCCAGAUUCUAGUAGCAGGUCGAUCACCGGGUCACUUGAUGAGAGUCUUCUGGUUGACCCGAGAUUGUUGUUUAUUGGGUCAAAAGUUGGGGAAGGAGCUCAUGGCAAGGUUUAUGAAGGCAGAUAUGGUGACAGAAUCGUGGCUAUCAAAGUUCUUAACCGUGGGAGUACUACUGAUGAAAGGGCUGUGCUCGAAAGUCGUUUUAUACGGGAAGUUAACAUGAUGUCUAGAGUUAAACAUGAGAACCUCGUCAAGUUUAUUGGAGCUUGCAAAGAUCCAUUGAUGGUUAUAGUUACAGAACUGUUACCAGGGCUAUCAUUGCGAAAGUACUUAAACAGUCUUCGUCCGAAGCAGCUAGAACUAAAUGUGGUGUUGAGUUAUGCUCUUGACAUUGCUCGUGCAAUGGAUUGUCUGCAUGCAAAUGGGAUCAUACACAGAGAUCUAAAGCCUGAUAAUUUGCUGCUUACUGCUAACUACAAGAAUGUGAAGCUAGCAGAUUUUGGUCUCGCGAGGGAAGAGACUCUGACUGAGAUGAUGACUGCAGAAACUGGGACAUAUCGCUGGAUGGCUCCUGAGUUGUACAGCACAGUCACUUUGCGCCAAGGAGAAAAGAAGCAUUACAACAACAGGGUAGAUGUGUACAGUUUUGGAAUUGUCCUGUGGGAGUUAUUAACUAACCGUAUGCCUUUUGAAGGCAUGUCCAAUUUACAAGCUGCAUAUGCUGCAGCAUUUAAGCAAGAGAGGCCGACUAUUCCAGAUGAUAUAGCCCCAGAUCUUGCAUUCAUCAUGCAGUCAAGUUGGGUAGAAGAUCCUAACUUACGGCCUAGCUUCAGUCAGAUUAUCCGUAUGUUGAAUCAAUAUCUUUUUACACUACAACCACCGGAACCUCCUCCACAACAGUGUUUGCCAGAAUCUGAGGCUCCUUCAACAAGUAAUGGUGCCAUCACUGAGUUCUCAGCACGUGCAAGGGGAAAGUUCUCUUUCAUUCGCCAACUUUUUGCAGCUACCAGGAAAACAAGGAACUUGCAAUGAGAAAACGGGUAAAAUUCUAUGCUGAAAGAUUCAAUAGGUGGAUAUUUUCUUCUACUCCCCCCUUCCCCCCCUCUUUUUUGUGUAAUAUCUUUCAAUUAGGAUGAGAAUUGUUGAAAGAGAUAGCAUGUUAGUGGGGAACAUGUUCAUGUUCAUGUUCAUGUUUAGUAAUAAAAGGAAAUAGAGAAGUUGUCAAUAUUACACCAACCCUCACUUCAUUGUAAAUCAAAUACAAAUCGCUUGAUCACUUUGUAGUUCAUCAGGAUUCAUAUAUAGGGUGAUGGAUGCGGAGUAAUUCUGUAGACUGUAGACUGUAGACUGUAGUGCGAUGAUUUAUACACGAAUAUAUCUUUCUA